AAUCUUACCAGAUUUGAACCAACCCUUGGUGGUUCUAAUGAUCCUCGUGCAUACCUGGAUGACAUUAAGUUCUACCUCAGGAAAUAUUCAGAUGCCACCAUUCAAGAUAAGAUUUAUCUUAUCAAACUUUCUUCCAGCCGUGAGGUAAUCCGCUUCAUCGAAAGACAGCCAGAGGUUACCAGACGCGAUUGGUUCUUUUUGCGACAAGCCAUUGAGAGGGAAUUCUCAGACUACACCACACAGUCAGGCUUAAUUGUGGCAAUGUCAGUAAAGCAAGGUAGGCACGAGCCUCCUCAGCAUUACUACUAUCGGCUUUUUCAAGCAUACUUCGGGACUCGCAAUGAACCAGGAAUGGAGGAGGACUUGAACUUCAAAUCUCUUUUCCUUCAGAACCUCCAUCCCGGAACCAGUCAUCACUUGGGAGUCUUUGCCAACCCCCAUACAGCGACUAUCAAUUACCUGCGAGAACUUGCUGCUUUGGGUUUCCAGAAACAAAAGCAGUCCAAUCCAAAAUCUUCUGAGCCUACAGUUCUAGUUACUGCCACAGCAGAACCAUCAUCCUUGGAACUUGAAGGUGCACCAAACCCCAGGUUUGUUGGACCUAGUUCCACCACGUCUUUUCCUCCCAGAACCAAAAAGGAUCCAAAUCGGGUUCCAUCAAAUAAACCCAACCGCAACGAGCCAUGGAGAUCCUGGUCUGGGAAGGAAAUUAAACAGAAUGAGCAAGAUUCAGAGAACACAUCUGGAUCCAAGACCAACUGGCACAGAGGCAAACCUCAGCCAAAGCGAUUUGACAAAACCUCCACAUAUAAGUACAGGGAUCGUGCAUCUGACAUUACCUUGAUCUCAUCCUCGUUGUUUGACAAGCUUCGGAAUAUCGUCAACAACAAAAAUAAAGACCUAAAGGCAAUUAAAACUCUGGGCACAAGUUCGUCAGCCAUUGAGCAUUUCUGGGCGAAGUGA